AUGGAGAUGGCGAAUCUUGCUCGAAUCAACGAUACCAAUGAGGAAACCAGGGCCUUCUAUAGUCACCUAGCAUCCCAUUGUGUCAAAUUACGAGACUUCUCAGUGUGGGCGCGGCAGACCUCGUCUCGAGUAAAAGAUGAACCUCUCAAAGAGGCCCUGGCCCAACUCGGUUCUAUUGUCUCAGAGAAUUGUCUUCAGCAAUUACCGUCUUCCCCAACGACAUUGGAAUUUCGUCUUGGGAUGCUUAAUCUAUGCUGGAGUGAUGCACGGAAGCAGUCUCUUGAGAUGAAACUUAAAUUCAUUAGCCGAUGGUUGACAACUGGGGAGCAACGAGCCGAGGUGGAUAAGGCACUGGAAAGCUGUGCCGACGAACUCGACAAACAACACCCAGAUCCGGCUUCCAGAAAAUCGGUGGACAAGCUCCCGUCCCUAGACAUUGCUGAACCGUCAUUUGCCAUCUGUAAAGCCGCUCAGUCGAUCCUCGAUUCCCUGUUGGACUAUUGGCACCACUUCUUCACAAAGAAAACGAAGCGAAUCCUUUCUCUUGUCAUUGGUUCCACAAUCUUGCACCUGAACGGCACCUCCUGGCUCCAGCGGGGGUGGGGGUCAGCUAGUAUCGAGUUCUUCCAGACAACUUCGUCCAAGACUCCGUUGCGACCUUUCCUUCAAACUCAGUUACCCAAGGCAGUUCCGGCCGGCUCAACUAAUUUUCAACUCAUUGCGGAUGGUGGGGACACCGAUGAUGAGGCAUCGGACGAUCGAGAUUUGGGGCAUCGUUACCCGGUAAUGGUUGCUCUGACUGUGGUCCUCAUGGAGGAGUAUUUCGUCAUGCCAUUGAAAGGAUUGGCAGAAAUGCACGACGUUCCACCGAUCGAGGUUCCCAGCGGCCGCAUGGCCCUCAUCAACGUGGAUCAGGUGUUCAAUGGCGAUGAGGAAAUGGGCAAGGAAGGAUGUCGAGCCCAGAUGCCCGAAGACUGUCCUCUUCGUAUGGCCAUUGACAAUUGCUUAGAUGGUGAACUAUGGGAGGACGAGGAAGGCGAGGCCCUCGACAGUGAUACCCUCAGGUCGCGGAUAUAUCAACAUGUGGUUUGGCUACUUGAGCUUCAUCUAAUCCAAGGCCUCAGCCAGAUGCCGCUGGACGGCGUUAACGAAUAUGCCAGAGAUAUAGGUUUGGAAGAUAGGGUCAGGCCAUGA